CCCCAGAGGCCUGCUCGGGCGGUCGCGCCCUCCCUGCUGGCCCUCGCGCCCCCGGCGGGCCCGGUGCCCGCGCCUUCGGGGUGGGAGCCUGCAGGCCCUCCGUCGCCGACCCGAGGCGCCCGUCGGUCCGCCGGUCCGUCGGUCCGUGCGUCCGGCGAGCUCGGCCUGCGCUGCGGGAAAGGGCGGCCGGGCCUGGGCCUCCGUCCCCGGACGCGGUUGCGGCCGCAGCAGGUGGUGCUUUAAGGAAGCUUGGAGGAUCACCAGGGCUUUUAUCUGCACGGUUUAUCGAUGAGCAGUUAAGGUGCCAAGGAGCGCUGGAGGGAGCCAGCCCAGCGGCUCAUGCAGCCAAGAAGAAAAGGUGCAGAUCCGAGGAAGUCAACCUGCUGACACCGUGAGCAGAAGUCCCGGACGUUGGGACACCUGAGCUUGGGUAACUCUGUUUGCAGCGGGUUUUUCAGGAGCAUGGCAGCCGCUUGAGCUCGCUGGGGCAAAAGAUGGAAGAAGAAGAGCUGGACUGUCCAAAGUCUUCCUCGGAAAAACGCUAUUUUCCUGAGUCCCUCGAUUCCAGUGACGGGGACGAGGAGGGGAUUUUGGCCUGUGAGGAUCUGGAACUUAACCCUUUUGACGGAUUGCCGUAUUCAUCCCGUUACUAUAAGCUUCUGAAAGAAAGAGAGGACCUUCCGAUAUGGAAGGAGAAAUACUCCUUCAUGGAGAAUCUCCUUCAGAGUCAGGUGGUGAUCGUUUCAGGAGAUGCUACAUGUGGAAAGAGCUCGCAGGUUCCUCAGUGGUGUGCCGAGUAUUGCCUUUCCGUCCACUACCAGCAUGGGGGCGUGGUGUGCACACAGGUCCAUAAGCAGACCGCGGUCCAGCUCGCCCUCCGAGUGGCGGACGAAAUGGAUGUUAACAUUGGCCACGAAGUCGGCUACGUGAUUCCCUUUGAGAACUGCUGCACCAGUGAAACGAUCCUGAGGUAUUGUACUGAUGACAUGUUGCAGAGAGAAAUGAUGUCCAAUCCUUUCUUGGGCAGCUAUGGGGUCAUCAUCUUAGACGAUGUUCAGGAACGAAGCAUCGCCACGGACGUGCUGCUGGGGCUGCUGAAAGACGUGUUACUGGCGAGACCAGAGCUGAAGCUCAUAAUUAACUCCUCGCCUCACCUGAUCAGCACACUCAGUUCCUACUACGGCAACGUGCCUCUCAUAGAAGUGACCAGUACGCGCCCUGUGGAGGUGGUGUACCUGAGCGGGGCUCAGAAGGAGGCUUUGGAGGCUGUUUUACGCCUUAUCUUCGAAAUUCACCACUCGGGUGAGGAAGGGGACAUUGUAGUCUUUCUGGCCUGUGAACAAGAUAUUGAAAAGGCUUACGAAAUUGUCUGUCAGGAAGGCGCUAACUUAAACCCAGAUCUUGGAGAGCUGGUGGUGGUUCCUUUGUAUCCAAAAGAGAAAUGUGCGUUGUUCAAGCCAAAUGAUGAAGCAGAAAAAAGAUGCCAAGUUUAUCAGAGACGAGUGGUGUUAACUGCAAGCUCUGGAGAGUCUUUGAUCUGGAGCAACACAGUCAGAUUUGUCAUUGAUGUGGGCGUGGAGAGAAGAAAGGUGUACAGCCCCCGAAUACGGGCAGACUCGCUCGUCCUGCAGCCCAUCAGCCAGAGCCAGGCGGAGAUGCGCAAGCAGGUCCUCGGCUCCUCGUCCUCAGGGAAGCUUUUCUGUCUGUACUCUGAAGAAUUCGCCUCCAAAGACAUGCGGCCCCUGAAGCCCGCAGAAAUGCAGCACGCCAACCUCACCAGCAUGGUGCUGUUUAUGAAGCGAAUAGACAUCGCGGGCCUCGGCCACUGUGACUUCAUGAACAGACCAGCGCCUGAAAGUUUGAUGCAGGCUCUGGAGGACUUGGACUACCUGGCAGCCCUGGACAACGACGGGAACCUCUCGGAAUUUGGGAUCAUCAUGUCGGAGUUUCCUCUUGACCCACAGCUCUCCAAGUCCAUCUUAGCAUCCUGUGAAUUUGACUGUGUAGAUGAAAUGCUAACCAUCGCUGCCAUGGUAACAGCUCCUAACUGCUUUUCGCACCUGCCGAGUGGCGCGGAGGCGGAGGCCUUGACCUGCUGGAAGACGUUUUUACAUCCUGAAGGGGAUCACUUCACCCUCGUCAACCUCUACAAGGCCUUCCAAGAUGUGGCUCUGAAUUCCACCAGUGAGCACUGUGUUGAAAAGUGGUGUCACGAUUACUUCCUCAACUGUUCUGCCCUCAGGAUGGCAGACGUUAUCCGAGCGGAGCUCUUAGAAAUUAUCAAGCGAAUCGAGCUUCCCUACGCAGAACCUGCUUUUGGCUCGAAGGAAAACACGCUGAACAUAAAGAAGGCUCUUCUGUCUGGUUACUUCAUGCAGAUCGCAAGGGAUGUUGACGGCUCGGGGAACUACCUGAUGCUGACCCACAAGCAGGUAGCACAGCUGCACCCCCUGUCUUGUUACUCUGUCACCAAGAAGAUGCCGGAGUGGGUGCUCUUCCAUAAAUUCAGCAUCUCCGAAAACAACUACAUCAGGAUCGCCUCAGAAAUCUCUCCAGAACUAUUUAUGCAACUGGUACCACAAUACUAUUUCAGCAAUCUGCCUCCUAGCGAGAGCAAGGAUAUUCUUCAGCAGGUAAUGGCUCACCUCUCGCCCAUCACGGACCAGACGACGAGCGAGACGUGCCCUGAAACUACUGAACAGAGAUGCGCCAUCCAGUGACUGCGCAGAGCCCUCUCCCCGGAGCCUGACGUGCAAUAGAGCCCAAAGGCCGCCCGACGGCUGGUCCCCUGGAGUGAUGUGUGGGUGCUCGCCUCGAGGGGCCAUCCUGCCCGCACAGGAGAGUCUUGAAAAAUAACGCUCUGUGUGUUAUUUAAAAAUUAAAAAUAGAAGUUUUUAUUCAGUUCUUUAAAUUACUACCCCAUGUUUUUCUUCUUAUUGGAAACCUUUUUAAUCAACCAUUCUUAAUUUGACCAAAAUUUUAAAAAGCAAAGAUAUUUUGUAAAUGCGUCACAGACACAGGUGACAGAAGCCUACUUUUGUAGAGGACUUUAACCUGAAUAAAGUCAUGACAUUUUCAGUAACA